ACGGAUCACAACGCGGACAACACUUCGGCCGUGCUGCGGGAGUGGCUGGUGGCCGUGAAGAAUUUCUACCAUUCUGUGGAGUGGAGACCCGCAGAGGAGCCCAGGUCCUACCCAGACGAGGAAGGCCCCAAACACUGGUCUGACUCGCGCUAUGAACACGUCAUGAAGCUACGCCAAGCGGCCCUGAAGUCAGCCCGGGACAUGUGGGCUGAUUACAUCCUGUUCGUGGACGCGGACAACUUCAUCCUCAACCCCGACACCCUGAGCCUGCUCAUCGCCGAGAACAAGACGGUUGUCGCCCCCAUGCUGGACUCCCGGGCUGCGUACUCCAACUUCUGGUGUGGAAUGACUUCCCAGGGCUAUUACAAGCGCACGCCCGCCUACAUCCCCAUCCGCAAGCGCGACCGCCAGGGCUGCUUCGCGGUUCCCAUGGUGCAUUCGACCUUCCUGAUCGACCUGCGCAAGGCGGCGUCCAGGAACCUGGCCUUCUACCCGCCCCACCCCGACUACACCUGGUCCUUCGACGACAUCAUCGUCUUUGCCUUUUCCUGCAAGCAGGCAGCCUGCCGGUGCCGCUGCGGGCGCACAGCAGCCUCCUGGACGAGGCGGAGAGCUUCAUGCACGUGCAGCUGGAGGUCAUGGUGAAGCACCCACCUGUCGAGCCCUCCCGGUUCAUCUCCCUGCCCACCAAGACCCCGGACAAGAUGGGCUUUGAUGAGGUCUUCAUGAUCAACCUGAAGCGGCGGCUGGACCGGCGGGAACGCAUGCUGCGAGCGCUGCAUGAUCAAGAAAUCGAGUUCCACCUGGUGGAGGCCGUGGACGGCAAAGCCAUGAACACCAGCCAGGUGGAGGCCCUGGGCAUCCAGAUGCUGCCUGGCUACCGGGACCCCUACCAUGGGCGGCCGCUCACCAAGGGCGAACUGGGCUGCUUCCUCAGCCACUACAACAUCUGGAAGGAGGUGGUGGACAGAGGGCUACAGAAGUCGCUUGUGUUUGAGGAUGACCUGCGAUUCGAGAUCUUCUUCAAGAGGCGCCUGAUAAACCUCAUGAAGGAUGUGGAGCGGGAGGACCUGGACUGGGACCUUAUCUAUGUGGGCCGAAAGCGGAUGCAGGUGGAGCACCCUGAGAAGGCCGUGCCCCGCGUGAGGAACCUGGUGGAAGCCGACUACUCCUACUGGACACUAGCCUAUGUGAUCUCCCUGCAAGGUGCCCGCAAGCUGUUGGCAGCCAAGCCGCUCACCAAGAUGUUGCCCGUCGACGAGUUCCUGCCUGUGAUGUUCGACAAGCACCCAGUGUCCAAGUACAAGGUCCACUUCUCCCCCCGCAACCUGCGUGCCUUUUCUGUGGAGCCCUUGCUGGUUUACCCCACGCACUACACAGGGGAUGAUGGCUACGUGAGCGACACAGAAACCUCAGUCGUAUGGAACAAUGAACACGUCAAAACCGACUGGGACCGUGCCAAGUCCCAGAAGAUGCGGGAGCAGCAGGCCCUGAGCCGGGAGGCCAAGAACUCCGAUGUACUCCAGUCUCCGUUGGACAGCGCUGCCCGGGAUGAACUCUGAGGGGCAACACCCCAAACGCCAAAGCAGCCAUUGCUGGUCCAGCCUCCACUUCCUCACUAGAGACUAUGGGGUCCCCUACAGACCUCAGAACAGGUCACGGGGAGCUCUCCAUGCAGGGUGGUGUCCAGACAGCUCUUGCUCCGCAAUCACAUACACGCAGGAAGCAUUAAUAGAGUGCCUACUGUAUACCAGGAACAGGGCUCGGCACCGGGAAAUUGGGUGGAACCAGGCCCUCUUCUUCUGUUCAUGUGCCUGAAAUGUAAAAGAUCCUCUUGUGUGCCACGUUUCUGUGUCAUGGCAGAGAAUGAGGCUUAAUAAUUCCCUCCAUCCAGUCAUUAAGCACACAUUGAUCAGAAGAAGUAUUAAGCCUUAGUGACACACAUUAACUUUGAAAACUUGUUUCAAGUAUUUAUUGAGUGCCUCCUGUGUGUCGGGCCUCCUUCCUGGCUCUGGGAAUAUUGAGAUAAAUAAGACCUUUUAUUAAUUUAUUCAAGCACAUUGAGCACCUACUAUUUGCCCGGCACUUAGGUCACAAAGAUAAGUUCUUGGUUCGGUACAUAUAUUAAGUACCUGUUGUGUGCUGGACAAGUUGCUGGAGAUGGAGAUAAACAAGGUGCUUUUUACUCUUGUUUUUUUUUUUUUUCUUCCCCACACAUCUCGAGAGUACCUACUGUGUGCCGGGCAUACAGUAUGCAGUUUGAUUUUAUUUACAAUAUACUGGGACACAUCAUCAAGACGAGUCCCUUCAUUUCUUCAUGCAGGAAGCAUUUAUUGAACACAUACUGUAUGCUAGAUCUCACAGACUCCCAAUCGGGUUCAAGAAUGGUUAACUGAGUGAUGUUCUUAUCCCUCCCUCCAAUCUGAGCUGUGGGCAGACAAUACCCUCCCACCACCCAGGAGGGAGGGUAGCUCUUCCCCCAACCAGGGCCAGCCAUGAGACCCAGUGGCCACGUGGCCAUAAGAAAACCCCCCUGGAGGGGAUGUGGGGUACAGAUGGAGGCUGGGUCUCCCUGGUCUACCCCGGUUUCAUUUGCAUGAUCUCCCUGCCCUGUGACUCAGGUGUGGUGUCUUCCUGCUUGAUGAGGCUCCUCUGUUCAAGUCUUUGGUGGGAUCAUGUGUUUAGGGGUGCCUUUCAGGGUUCAGCUGCACUAGGGCACUGCCUGUGGCCCACAUAAAAUGUCUCCCAGCAAGGGCCAGCAGGGUUGCUGUGCCUUCAGGCCGAAUUGAAUGUCAGAACCAGCCAGCGGUGCUCCAUCCUUUGGGGGAUGCCUCUGCUCGCCAGGUUGGGUCCUGGGUAACUUGCUUAUUUUUGUAUUAAAUGUUCCUGGUUGGUUUUCAGUGAA